CAUGCUCAGACUGUUCAGAGCAGCAGGACAACAGAAAAUCUGGUUUUACUUUGUGAAAGCUUUUUGGAAGACUUAAUAAUAUGGAGUCUUAAUCUGUCCUGAAUGCAGAGGAGUAAUAAGUGCGGUAUUAAAUAUAAUAGAAAUGAUGGAUGUGUGGGUGGAUGGUGCAUCGUGGCCUUGGAGCAGCAGGACCUGAGCUUCCAUCCUGAUUUAAUAUGUUUUUGCAUUCAUUCGCUUUUUAAAGAAAGAAAAAGUCACGCGGAGUUCGCUUUUAAUAAAACUGCAAUAAUCCUGCAGUAAAAGUCCCAGCAGGUCCCCCGGAGCGGCCCCGGGCCUCAGAUUGAGAACCCGCGGCCACAGUUGACUUGAGCGUGAUUAAAAAUGAAGCGCCAUAGAAACGGGGAGGCCAAUGAAGACGCGCGGAGCUGUUUACAGGGGGUGUAGCGUUUCUAUGGUUGCCGGUCAAACCUCCUGCAGCAGGUAUUAAACUGGAGCCCGCAGCGCGCUGACAGCCGCCACAAACCUCCGCCGAGCAGGAGAAGCAGGACUCCUCCCCAGGUCUCCGUGUGGAGCAGCAGGUGCGCAGACUCACACUCGGCCUCCAUCAGUCUGGAUUCAACGGGCGCAGCUCAAAGUCCUGUCAGGAGGUAACAGAGGGAGGAGGAGGAGGAGAAGGAGCUGACACAGAGGAGAGAGCCAUGCUGUCCCUGAGCUGUGCCGACCCGUGGGCCGAAGGCUCCGUGGGUCUGGAGGAGGAGGUGGUGACUGCGGCGGCUCAGGCUGAGGAGCGGGACGGAGUCAGCGGCACUGACAGCAGCAGCUGCUCCGUCAGCCUGGACGACAGCCUGACCAGCCUGCAGUGGCUGCAGGAGUUCUCCAUCCUCGGCACCAACGUGCCGCAUCACACGCACCACCAGCACCACCUGUUCGGCCACCAGCAGCUAGGCUCUGACGCGCCAGCCUCCCCCCUGGCCGGGGACCCGGCCUCCUUCGGGAUGCCGCUGACCCCGGGGAAGCCCACAGCGGCAGCCUACAGCAGGAUGCAGCCACUGCCCGGCAUCGUGGCUCACGGACACUGUCCGGACGACGUGGACUACAAAACCAACGCGCACAUCAAGCCGCCGUAUUCCUACGCCACCCUCAUCUGCAUGGCCAUGCAGGCCAGCAAGAAGAGCAAGAUCACGCUGUCCUGCAUCUACAAAUGGAUCACCGACAACUUCUGCUACUACCGCCAUGCUGACCCCACCUGGCAGAACUCGAUCCGACACAACCUCUCGCUCAACAAGUGCUUCAUCAAGGUGCCGCGGCAGAAGGACGAGCCCGGGAAGGGGGGUUUCUGGAAGAUUGACCCGCAGUACGCUGAGCGCCUCCUGAGUGGUGCCUACAAGAAGAGACGAAUGCCGCCCGUCCAGAUCAACCCGGCCUUGCGGAACAGACUCAGGGUGAACAUGCAGCCUCAGCCCAGAGGGCAGAUCGGGCUUUGCAUCAACCCAGAGUCCCAAAGGCUUCUUCGAGAGUUCGAAGAGGCAACGGGGGCUGAUCAGAAUUGGGACCCCCAUCUGGCUGAGGGGACCAUGCUGGGGUCCUGGCCGGUGGUCAGGGGAAGGAGUGGGCUCAAGAGGAAGCAGGGCUCUAGAAAUGGUGCUGCCAAAGCCCCCCGUCGGUCCAGCUCCCCUCUGCUCUCCAUGGAUGAACAGAAGGAGAUUGGACCUCUGAAGGGGGACUUCGACUGGGACGCCCUUCUGGAUUCUGCCCUCAGCGGGGAGCUCAGUUUGGAAGGUGGUGAGCCUCUGAGCCCCAUCAUGAAAGAGGAGGACCUAACAGUGCGGGGAACCCACAUUUCUCCUGUUGAAGCCCCUGCAGGCUCAGCAGAGGCAGAGAGGAGUAACAACAUGUCUGACUUUGAUGAGGAGACCUUCCUUGCCACAGCCUUCCUGGAGAACCCCUGGCCGGAGGAGGAGGAGGAUCACGGCCGCAGUGAUUUCCUCUGUAGCUCCACCGUCAACUUAGACCAGCUGUUUGGGCUCGAGGACUCAUUAGGUGGGGACCCCAGCAGCAGGAUGGACACCCUCCUUUGAGGAACAAUUUCCAGGUCGUCUUACAAACUAAGAACCCUUCUCAACACAACUUGGGAAUAAAAUACUCUUUUUUUACCCUCAUGCAAGCUUAACCGUCCUUUUCAAGAUGUUUAAAGUAUUUUUAGAGAAACAUUUUUACGCAGGUUCAAUGCUGGAAAUAAACACUCAAUGCCUACCGAACAAUGAUGCCACAAUGUACAGCAGCAGUUCAUAUUCCACAGAGAAACUACACUGAAUGUUUUUUUCCAUUUUUUUGUGAAAUGAAAGUUUUCAGAGUGAAGGCCUGGACACACCAGAAGGUAGCACGGUAAUUUUAGCGUCAUGUUUCCCUUAAUGUGUUUGUGAGAACACGGGCCAGGCGUGGACGGUGUUCCUGCUAAACAAGUUUCACAUAAUGAUGUAAACAUUUGUUUAAACUACAUUUCCAGCGGUCAUUACCCCUCACAAGCACUGAUUGCUGCCCUUCAGUAAGCUUCCAGAAGUUGGCCAAUCAUUGAGCUGUUAGGGAGGGUGUAGUUUAAAGAUGCUGGAGCUAAAUGCAAGUAGACUUUAUUUCUAGUUUAAUGUCCAUUCAAACUGAUUCAGACAUUUAUGUUCUUACAUAGAGCUCCUACAGAUAAUGCUAAUAGGUUAGCCAGUCACUAGUCCACUCAAUCGUAACAGGAAGAUGAGAACCCCCAAAAUAAACUCUCUCAAUAAAACUACACAAAAACAUUGCCAGUGCAAACGCACGUCGACUACCCACCAAGCGGUAAAGAAACUGUGAGAAGUGCGACGCUAACUGGAAUCAGACCGUAUGGCUUUUCAUUGAGUUGGUUUUGGCGAUAAAGCACAACUUUUAUUUUAUGCAAUCCACCGGCAACCAAAGCCACUCCAUCUGAUCAGAGAGGUCCACAUUUUCUUUCAGAAAUAAACAGCUAACAGCAUGAAUCCACCAAUCGGUACAAUUUUAUUGGAAUAAAUUGAUCUCUGGUGUAACCAGGCCUUACAGACGACACAACAUGGUCUCUGUUUACGUCACGAAAGUGUGUUUUAUUGUGAAAAAGGAGAUCAUGUUGCCUGAAAGAUAUUUUCAGUGAAUAGUUGAUCAACUAAGACUUUUUUUAAUUGUUAAAGUGGAAUCAGGAGUAAUGCUACGACAGAUUGAUGAUGAGAUUUUUUGCCAAAUUAUGUUCUGUGUAGAUGUGAUUUACUCAUUUAGUUUUCUUUUCUUUUUUUGGCGUGGGAUUUUUUGGUACUAACUCUUUAUUUUCAGAAUGAACUAGCACAACUUUAACAAAUUAUUCAUGUUAGCUUAACUUUUUCCAGAAAAUCAGACUGACGUAUGUGGCUUGUAGAAGUAACGGCUUUCUUUCUUCCUUCCUGUGACUUUGUAGCCGGUAGAUAUAAAGAAACGCAGCAGAGGACGCGUCACAGCUUUGCGGUGUAAAAGUUAAAAUAAACACAAAGCAGCCUGAGGCAAAAUUCUCCAACAAAGAACCAUUAGGAGCUUAAAAUGCACAGUUUAAAGAGGCCACGGUGGCUUGUAAAUGAAUACCUGACCUUCUAUGUGCCAAGAACAACACUUGGGACUCGACGGGGCGGCCGUGCGCGUUUUACUGCAAUGAGGAAAUGUUUUUGUGUUGGUGUGCGAUAAAGUUGGGGAGCUGCUGGACAAAAGAGCUCGCUGGAUUCAGACUAAACCAAAUCACGCUGCAUAAGGACGGGGACAGUCUUUAACUGCUGAGAUGCAGUAACUGUUCUCUAAACAUGUGUGAAAGUGCAAUCAUUGUACAGUGGUAUUUGUUAUAUGUUACAGUCAUUUGUUGGAGUCCAUUCAUGCUGUUUACUUCAGAGAGAGCAGGCUCACUGUUUUGUGUAUUCUGAGGUGUGAAUACACUCGAGGGACUCUCAGUAAAACCAGCUAUGGUUGUGUUUUAGCUCGUCUCAAUCAAAUAACACUUUAAACCACAAUAAUGGGAUCUUACCUCAUGAUUGGUUCUAUGCUGAUGUUUAAACGCUCAUGUAUUCUUCUACCUUUUUGUUUUUAUUUUAUUUUCCACU